UCACCACAUCUUUCUCUAUCUUCAUUUUUUCAUUCAAUCCUUCUCCCAACCAUCUAUUUGCUGUCUUCAUAACUAUCUCGUUUCUUGUUGUUCAGAUCAAGAAAGUUUUGUUAAAAACAAAUAAAUAAAAAAGAAGAACAAGUGUUUGGUCUGUUUCAGUCUUUGGAGUUCAUGAGAAUAGAAACGAGUCCAAGUUUGUUAUUCAUGCAACUUUCCCACGACUCUGUUACACUAAGCUCUCUUCUCCUGAACUUCUCCUACUUAAUCUGAUAACUAUACUUUUUAUUCAAAGUUCACACCUUUUCCAUUUUCUAGACAAAACCCACUUUUCAGUUUCCUCUGUUUUGGUUACUUAAUGGAGAUAGAAGCAAGCAGACAACAAACCACCGUACCGGUUCCGGCCACCGGAGGGAAUUUUCCGGUAGGUGGGUUAAGUCCUUUGAGUGAAGCUAUAUGGAGAGAAAAGGCUCCAACGGAGUUCGUCGGAGAUGUGUCGGCGAGGCUGACGUGGCAAGAUCUGACGGUGAUGGUGACUAUGGGAGAUGGUGAGACUCAAAACGUUCUCGAAGUUCUUACCGGUUACGCGGAACCGGGAACUCUCACGGCUCUCAUGGGCCCUUCCGGCUCCGGAAAAUCCACUAUGCUCGACGCUCUUUCUAGCCGCCUCGCCGCAAACGCGUUCCUCUCCGGCACCGUUCUUCUUAACGGCCACAAAACCAAACUCUCCUUUGGAACAGCUGCUUAUGUGACACAAGACGAUAACUUGAUUGGCACGUUAACUGUGAGAGAGACUAUUUGGUAUUCAGCAAGAGUUCGUCUUCCUGACAAGAUGUUGCGGUCGGACAAACGUGCCUUAGUGGAGAGGACAAUCAUAGAGAUGGGUCUUCAGGACUGUGCAGAUACUGUUAUAGGAAACUGGCAUUUACGUGGGAUUAGUGGUGGAGAGAAGAGAAGAGUUAGUAUUGCUCUUGAGAUUCUCAUGAGACCUCGUUUACUCUUUCUUGAUGAGCCAACAAGUGGUCUUGACAGUGCUUCUGCUUUCUUUGUUACUCAGACAUUACGUGCGCUGUCACGAGAUGGAAGGACGGUGAUUGCAUCGAUCCAUCAACCGAGUAGUGAGGUUUUCGAGUUGUUUGAUCGGUUGUAUCUUCUCUCUGGUGGCAAAACUGUUUACUUUGGUCAAGCUUCUGAAGCUUAUGAGUUCUUUGCACAAGCUGGGUUUCCAUGUCCUGCUUUAAGGAACCCUUCUGAUCAUUUCCUGAGAUGUGUUAACUCAGACUUUGACAAAGUUAGAGCCACUUUGAAAGGUUCUAUGAAGCUAAGGUUUGAAGCAAGCGAUGAUCCACUAGAGAAGAUUACCACAACAGAAGCUAUUAGAGUCUUGGUUGACUAUUACCACACUUCUGACUACUAUUAUACUACAAAGGCUAAGGUUGAAGAGAUAUCACAAUAUAAAGGGACUAUUCUUGACUCUGGAGGCAGCCAAGCUAGUUUCCUUCUACAGACCUACACUUUAACCAAACGAUCAUUCAUCAACAUGUCAAGAGACUUUGGAUACUACUGGCUCAGACUUCUUAUUUACAUCUUGGUCACUUUCUGCAUUGGAACUAUCUAUUGGAAAGUUGGGACUAGCUACAGCGCCAUCCUGGCACGAGGUUCAUGUGCGUCUUUCGUCUUUGGUUUUGUAACGUUCAUGUCUAUUGGUGGGUUUCCUUCUUUUGUUGAAGACAUGAAGGUGUUCCAAAGAGAGAGACUUAACGGUCACUAUGGAGUAGCUGCGUUUGUGAUAGCCAACACAUUAGCCGCAACACCGUUCUUGAUCAUCAUAACUUUCAUCUCCGGGACAAUUUGUUACUUCAUGGUGGGUCUGCAUCCAGGAUUCACUCACUAUCUCUUCUUUGUUCUCUGCCUCUAUGCAAGUGUCACCGUUGUGGAGAGCUUGAUGAUGGCGAUAGCUAGUAUUGUUCCCAACUUCCUCAUGGGUAUCAUCAUUGGAGCUGGUAUUCAGGGGAUCUUCAUGCUGGUUUCUGGAUUCUUCAGGCUACCAAAUGACAUCCCAAAAAUUUUCUGGCGUUAUCCAAUGUCAUACAUUAGCUUCCACUUCUGGGCGUUACAAGGUCAAUACCAGAAUGAUCUGAGAGGCUUGAUGUUUGACAGCCAAGGUAGUGCUUUCAAGAUUCCAGGUGAAUACGUUCUUGAGAACGUCUUCCAAAUCAACUUGCACCGAUCAAAAUGGAUUAACCUCAGUGUGAUUCUCAGCAUGAUCAUCAUCUACCGCAUCAUUUUCUUCAUCAUGAUUAAGACCAACGAGGAUGUAACUCCUUGGGUUAGAGGCUACGUAGCAAGAAGAAGGAUGAAGCAGAAGAAUGGUACUCAGAACACGACAGUUGCACCAGAUGGUCUUACACAGUCUCCUUCUCUGAGAAACUAUAUUGCUACACGAACCAAUGGUGGAGCUCGCAGAUGGUAGAGUUUAUGAGUUUUUCAAAGUGUUUGACUACACACUUCAAGAAAGUUUCACUUGGCAUGCAAUACCAAAUCACAAUGUAACUUGAGCGAAAAGAAAUUUGUGUGUGUUAGCUAUAGAAAUUUGUCUAAGAUAAUUACUUAUAAAUUUAUUUUUCUA